CAGCAGGAGCCCGGGCCUGUGGGCCCGCGGCGGCCGCGUCGCGCUGUCUUCCUGACAAGGCACCUGUGGCUGCAGCAGCAGCUGUCCAGGCUUCCAUCCUCAGACCAUCACUGCCGCCCUGAGCGGCGGCGCAGAAGCAGAAAUGCUGUCGCCGUUUCCGCCUGGCUGGAACCUGCUCUGGCUCGGCCUGGUCCUGGGCUCGGUCUGCGCCGCCCUGGAAGCAGCAGCGCAGGCAAACUCCACCACAGGUGCUCUGAACGUCCUUCUCAUCAUUGUGGAUGACCUACGCCCAUCCCUGGGCUGUUAUGGGGAUAAACUAGUGAGAUCCCCAAAUAUCGACCAGCUGGCAUCCCACAGUCUCCUCUUCCAGAAUGCCUUUGCCCAGCAAGCAGUGUGUGCCCCAAGCCGCGUGUCCUUCCUCACCGGGAGGAGGCCUGACACCACACGCCUGUAUGACUUCAACUCCUACUGGAGGGUGCACGCGGGAAACUUCUCCACCAUCCCCCAGUACUUCAAGGAGAAUGGCUACCUGACCAUGUCGGUUGGAAAAGUCUUUCACCCUGGUGUAUCUUCUAAUCAUAGUGAUGAUUCUCCAUAUAGCUGGUCUUUUCCUCCUUAUCAUCCUUCCUCAGAGAAGUAUGAGAACACUAAGACAUGUAGGGGGCAAGACGGAGAACUCCAUGCCAACCUGCUUUGUCCUGUGGAUGUAGUGGAUGUGCCCGAGGGCACCUUGCCUGACAAACAGAGCACUGAGCAAGCAAUACGAUUGUUGGAAAAGAUGAAAACAUCUGGCAGUCCUUUCUUCCUGGCUGUUGGGUACCAUAAGCCACACAUCCCCUUCAGAUACCCCAAGGAAUUUCAGAAGUUGUACCCUUUGGAGAACAUCACCCUGGCUCCUGAUCCCCAGGUCCCUGAUGGCCUACCUCCUGUAGCCUACAACCCCUGGAUGGAUAUCAGGCAACGGGAAGACGUCCAAGCCUUAAACAUCAGUGUGCCCUAUGGCCCCAUUCCUAUGGAUUUUCAGCGGAAAAUUCGCCAGAGCUACUUUGCCUCUGUUUCCUAUUUGGAUACGCAGGUUGGCCACCUUUUGAGUACCUUAGAUGAUCUUCAGCUGGCCAACAACACGAUCAUUGCAUUUACCUCUGAUCAUGGUUGGGCCCUUGGUGAACAUGGAGAAUGGGCCAAAUACAGCAAUUUUGACAUCACUACCCGUGUGCCCCUGAUGUUCUAUGUUCCUGGAAGGACAGCUUUGCUUCCAAAAGCAGGAGAGAAACUUUUCCCUUACCUCGACCCUUUUGAUUCCACCACAGAACUGAUGGAGCCAGGCAGGCAAACCACGGACCUUGUGGAACUUUUGUCUCUCUUCCCCACACUGGCUGCACUUGCAGGACUACCGGUUCCACCUCAUUGCCCUGUUCCUUCAUUUCAUGUUGAGCUGUGCAGAGAAGGCCAGAACCUUCUGAAGCAUUUUCAAUUACAUGACAAAGAAGACGAUUCACACCUCCAUGGUAAUCCCCGUGAGUCGAUCGCCUAUAGCCAAUACCCUCGGCCUGCAGACUCACCUCAGUGGAAUUCUGACAAGCCAAGUUUAAAAGAUAUAAAGAUCAUGGGCUACUCCAUACGUACCAUAGACUAUAGGUAUACUAUAUGGGUUGGUUUCAAUCCUGAUGAAUUUAUGGCUAAUUUUUCUGAUAUCCAUGCAGGGGAACUGUAUUUUGUUGAUUCUGACCCAUUGCAGGAUCACAAUAUAUAUAAUGACUCCCAACAUGGAGAACUUGCUCGAUCAUUGAUACCUUGAGUUUUGCAGCUAUGGAGGGCAAAUGUAAUGUUCUCCUGUUGAGCUGAUGAGAGGAGGCAUUAGAGAUGGUUAUUUUGUCAUUACCCAUAAUAUUGGAAGCAGCUGGAGUAUGAGGUAAUCAAAACAUGCUUAAACCAUUUGGCCUAAGAGUGUGUGACAACCAAUCCUUUUCUUUUAGUCUUUAUUAAUUUGUAAUUGUUAGAUUGGGACUGGGCUGAACCUUUUCUUCCCUUGUUUUAAAUAGUCCAUAGCUUAGUCAUAGUAAGUACAAAAUGAACACACCAAAAUUAUGUCAUACCUUUUUAUACCAAGAUCAUAUUAACCAAAUAAUAACAUGUAUAUACUCAAGAAAUAAUUUAUUUGUGGAAUUUAGUACAUUUGAAUAAGUAACCAUAUAUCAAAUUAGGUUCUACCCUAAGUUCUCAAUUUUUAAUAACUUAAUAACAUAUUUUAGGUUUUCCAAUAUAUUACAAACAUAUAAACAUAUAAUUCACAUUUCUUUCUCAAUUAUAAAGUUAAAUACUAAUUCUAGAAGCCAGUACCAUAAAGUCUAUUUUCAGUUUUUGUUUUUAAGAUCACAAGAUUUCAAAAUCCAAAGAUAAAAUAUGCGUGAAGUGAUUAAUAUGUUAUUUCUAAAUCAAAUAAUAAAUAAUGCUUAGUAGUCUAGAGACUUGAAAUUCAUGGGAAAUUAAGUUAAAACUUUUCAAAUGCUUUCUGGCCCCAAUAAUACUUGGUUAGCAAAAAAUAUGAUCUUAAAAGUUAGUGACCAUCUAUUAGAAGUCUGUUAUUCACAGUGAAAAUAUUUAAAGCUAUAGCUAUAUCCAUGGUUUGACUCACUUAGACUCAUAUAAAUGUUCUUAUUUAGGGAUGAUUGAUUGUAGAUAUCCAUUUAUCUAGGGGACAGGACAUAUUCUAUGUUUAAUCGCUUAUGAAAAAAUAGCAAUUCUGUUAAAUUCUGAAUUAUUUUGAGGAUCGUAAAAACUUUUCAUUAGUAUAAUAGUAUGUCAUUUUCAAUCCCCCAGAAUAUAUAGUCCUGUAUUUCCUAAAUAUGAAAGUAACCAGAAAGGCAGGUAAUAGUAAUAAACUUAGCCCAUAUCAUCUUGAAUAGAAUAUUUAUAAGUCAUAUUUAUAACAUGAUGAGGCUGAUCAACUAUCACAUCAUCAAAAGAAUCAACAUAUUUCUCAAUAAAUAAAUAAUUUAGUCUGUCUUGUAUAAAAAUGAGUAAUUUUAGUAAUUUUCUCUUUAUAAAUGGCUCAGUGUUUCAAGGUAAAGGUAAAAUAAAAUAUAGUAAAUAGCAAAUUAGAUUAAGUUACUGUGGUGCAUUGAAUUGUAACCAAGAUGACAAGAUAUUAUAUUAAAAUCAUUGAAAUUUCAAAGACUUUUAAAACUAAUUAGCUUGUGAUAGAGGUGUAUAUAACACAGUGAUCUUCUGAGCAGAGUUAGUUAGGCAACAAGUUUUAUUUAAGGAAUAAAGGGUCCUAUUCAUCUCUCCCAAUUCCAGAAUUUCUCUCCCCUUUGGAAGCUUCAGCUUUUAUAAAUAGUUUCCCUAAGCUUUUUCUUUCACAUUAUUCAUCCUCAUUAUUGCUCUUUUCAUGUGCACUAUAACUUUUAUGAUAGUCUAGAAAUUCCUCAUGACAUAUUUGCAGUGUAUUUAGGUUUAUCUCCUAUUUCACAGUUAUAAUAAGCUUUAAUACAGGUUUUAAUUUCACAUGUGUUUGUCGAUCCUGGUUGGCUACAAUAUGUACACUUAAUUUUUCUCACUUAUUUCCUGAAGCACAGUUUUAGUAUAAAAAAAUCUCCAAAUUCUGUUCUUGAUGAGUCAUAAGCUGAACUGUGCUGUCCACUUGGUAGCCACUAGGCAUAUGUUCCUAUUUAAAUGUAAAUUAAUUAAAAUAAAAAAAAAGUUAAAAAGAAGAUUUCCAGUCACACCAUAUUUCAGGUGCUUGGUAACCACAGAUCUAGAGCAUCUCCACCGUAGCCGAAGGUUCCAUUGAACUGAGAUGCCCUGGAUUAUCUCUGAAUUUGAGCUGGUUUGCAGUCUGUUGGUGAGUUAUUCGUGUGAGCUAUUUCUCUACCCUUAAUUUGACCACAAAGACUUGUCAGGAGGUGAGCAAAGUAUGUUUGGUUUAGGCAUAGAGUAGCAAGUUCACCGUGGCAAUUGACCUCUUCCUCUCCAAUUCCAUCACCAUUGCCUCAGUCCUUCUCCCCUCUUUCCCAAGUAGUUUACCUCCCCUCCUCUUUCCUCCCCUCUUCCUAAAGGAAUCCAUGUGUCUUCCUAAAAUCCCUCUUGCCCCUGCCCUUUGAGAACACCGUCAGUGCCUACUAUGGGUCUAGACAGACCUCCGCUGAGCAGUCAGAGUCUUCCCUGGCUCCACGAUCCCCCUGCCCUUGGCUGACUUUCCCUUGCCUGUCCCUGCCUCCCCCUCCUAGUUGUGUCCCAUCCUCUCUUCACCUACCCACUCACAACCAUUUAUCAUAGCCUCGUCCCUGUGCCCCUACCAAGAGGCUGAAGCUUUUGUGACUUUCUAGACUGUUUUGGGAUGAAAUGAACACCCCUGAAAGGUCUUGUGUUUACCUUAUUUUACCAAGGGUGUUUUUUUCUAAUUAUAGAUUGGUUUCUAAAUUAUAAAAAAAUAAAAAAACAAAUGUAGUAAAAGGUGAAAAAAAGUGUGUUUUAUCCUAAAUAAUCACUUAAUAUCUUGUCUUUUGGGGGGGGUGUGAAUUUUUCACAUUGCUGUGAUUACACUAUGUUCUUUUAUUCAUAUUCUCUUUUUAAAACGUUUUUAAAUUUGUUCUAAUUAGUUGUACAGGACAGUAGAAUGCAUUUAUAGAUUUUGAUAGAACAUACAUAAAUGGAGUGUGAUUUUUCAUUUUUCUUAUUGUACAUA